GUCUCUCUGGCUCAGCCUAGUAAACUGGGAAACAAAAUAAAACACAAAGCAAGGAAAUUCAGUGUUCUUCUCACUGCAACUCUUUCCCACUCUCAUGGCAGCUUCUAUUCAUCACCCCUCUGCCUCUUUAAAAAAUUACAGGACAAGCCCUGUGUCUAUAAACUUGCAUUCACAGUGCUGCCACUCGAGUAUCAGCUCUAUCUCGUUUACUUUGCGGAGCCAUAAACCCAAGCUCAAGCUUUACUUGGUACCAGCUAUUUCAACUUUUGGCAGCCGCCAAUUUAUGUUGAAACCUUUUGCUGCAGUUGAUUCAUUGGAAACCCAUGUCUCUCCUCAUCAAGAUAAUGCUGCUUCUGGCUUCCACAGCAAGUCUAAAACAGUGUUUGAUGAAGCAAGUGCCUCUGAUGGUGUUAGAGACUUUGAGAGACAGCUUCAAGAGCUGUUCAAUGAAGUCAGAACUUUAAUUACGACCGGGAAUGAGAAAGAUGCUGUAGAUCUUCUUCAAGCAAAUUAUGAAGGUGUAAAAGAACAGAUGAAUGCUGGUUCAAAAGGCGUGGAAGAAGCUGCUAUUCUUGAUGUCAUCGCCUUGGGUUACAUGGCUGUUGGAAAUUUUAAGUUUGUACGGUCUCUGCUCGAUGUGAUUAGUGAGAUUAUAGAUGAUCAAAACGAUGAUGAACCCCUUCUCGACUCUAUACUUGUGCAUAUGGGAAGCAUGUAUUCAAAUUUGGGGGAGUUCGAGAAAUCCUUGCUUGUUAAUAAAAGAGUUACGGAUAUUCUAGAUAACAAACAUGGUAAAAAUAGUCUUGUCCUUGUCACACCAUUGUUGGGAAUGGCAAAAGUUCUUAGUUCUAGUGGGAAAGCUACACAAGCAGUCGAUAUUUAUCAUCGUGUGAUUCGCAUCUUGGAACUAAAUAGAGGUGUUGAAAGUGAGGAUCUUGUUGUACCUUUGUUUGGUCUCGGAAGUCUUUUAAUGAAGGAGAGUAAAGUUACCGGUGCAGAAGACUCUUUUAUUAGAAUUUUAAAUAUAUAUAUACUAAGUUAUAUGGGGAGAAAUGAUGGAAGAGUUGGACUUGCUAUGUGUUCCUUAGCCCAUGCAAAAUGUGCUAGAGGGAAUGCAGAUGCAGCCAUUGAUUUAUACAAAAAGGCUCUCCAGAUAAUGAAAGAUUCAAGUUACUUGUCGUUAGAUGAUAGCAUGAUGGAGAAUAUGCGGAUAGAUUUAGCUGAACUACUUCAUGCUGUGGGAAGAGGAAGAGAAGGUCGGGAGCUGCUGGAGGAAUGUUUAUUGAUCACCGAGAAACUUAAAGGAAAAGACGAUCCCAGCUUAGUUACACACUACCUAAAUCUUGCAGCAUCAUAUUCACAGUCGAAAGAUUUUGUAACGGCCGAACAGUUGUUGAAAGCGAGUUUGGAAAUCAUGACGAAAGCAGAGGGGCCUGACAAUCCGUCCAUCACUUUCCCGAUGCUGCAUCUUGCUGUCACCCUUUACCAUUUAAAGCGGGAUGAAGAAGCUGAACAAAUAGCACUCGAGGCCUUACACAUCCGCGAGAAUGCAUUCGGAAAAGAUUCUCUCCCUGUUGGGGAGGCUUUGGAUUGUUUGGUUUCGAUUCAGACCCGAUUAGGUAAGGGUGAGGCCGAGUUACUAGAGCAGCUCAAGAGAGUUUUGAGGAUUCAAGAGGAAGAGUUUGGGGAUGAGAGUGAGGAGGUUAUGGUAACCCUAAAUAAGGUUGUAUACUAUUUGGAUAAACUAGGGAAGAAGGACGAGAAAUCUGCACUACAAAAAAGGUUGUCUAGACUUCGGAUGAAGUACAAACAAGUUGUUCCAUAUUAAUAUGGCGUAUAGAUCGUCAUAUUCCAAAGUAAACAUCAUAUUCUUGCUCCA